AUAUCAGAAACUUUAUAUACAUAUAGUUUAAGAUAUAAACAAAACAAUGUUACGAACGAUUAUAUGGCGAAAUGAUAUCUUAAAAUUAACUGUUAAAAGAGCUUUGCGAACAAAUGUAGUCAGGUGCUUAAGCGUCGAAUAUGUUAGGAGAAAACAUCCUCACAGGUAUGGAACCUCAUUACUUGGAAAAAAGAAUAAUUCAUGGAGGUGGGACAUUACACAGAAGUGCUAUUAUAGUCCUGAUUUGCCUACACACACAAAAGUAGCUCUCCCUGCAUUGUCACCAACUAUGGAGGUGGGCACUAUCAUCAGCUGGGAAAAAAAGGAAGGAGACAAGUUGAAUGAAGGAGAUUUAUUGGCAGAAAUUGAAACAGAUAAAGCCACAAUGGGUUUUGAGACACCAGAGGAAGGCUAUCUAGCAAAGAUUCUUGUUCCAGCAGGCACGAAAGAUGUGCGGGUUGGCAAGCUUGUGUGCAUUAUUACGGAGAGCCAGUCUGAUGUUGGAGCAUUUAAGGAUUUCAAAGAUGAUUCACCUGCUGCCCUAGAUGCAGCUUCUGCACAAGUGGGAGCACCAGCAUUAGUACAGACACCACAACCACAACCACCACCACCAACACCAGCACCAGCGCCAGCACCAAUGCCAGCUGCACCCACUUCUGCUGAAACUGCUCCAGCUUUGUCUGGUGGUGAAAGAGUGUUUGCCAGCCCCCUAGCAAGGAGAUUGGCAGCAGAGAAAGGGCUUGAUUUGACAGCUGUGGUGUCAGGUUCUGGAUUAUAUGGAUCUGUAACAGCUGCUGACCUGGGAAAAGCACCUGUUGCUGUACCAGCUGCUCCUCCCACAGCUACCCCUGCAGCUGCUCGUCCAGCUGCUGCCCCAGGUGCAACAUACACAGAUUUGCCAGUUUCCAGCAUUCGGGCAGUUAUUGCAAAAAGACUUCAACUGUCAAAACAGACAAUACCACAUUUCUAUUUAUCGGUGGAUAUAAACAUGGACCAACUUCUAUCUCUGAGACAGAAACUGAACAAGUUAUUGGAAAAAGAUAAUCUCAAACUUAGCAUCAAUGACUUCAUCAUCAAAGCAGCAUCACUGGCAUGUAAAAAAAUACCUGAAGCAAAUUCGGCAUGGAUGGACACAGUAAUUAGAGAGUACAAUUCUGUGGACAUCAGUGUAGCAGUAAGCACAGACAAGGGAUUAAUAACACCUAUUGUGUUCGGAACUGAAAGGAAGGGAUUGGCUGCAAUUAGUAGAGAGGUGAAAUCACUGGCAGCAAGAGCACGGGAAGGCAAGCUUCAGCCACACGAGUUCCAGGGUGGAACAUUUACCAUUUCUAAUUUGGGAAUGUUUGGUGUGAAGAACUUUUCUGCCAUCAUUAAUCCCCCCCAGGUGUGUAUUCUGGCUGUAGGAACAAAUGAGAAAAGACUUGUACCUGAUAAAGAUUCAGAAGCAGGGUUUAAAGAAGCAGAAUUUAUGUCUGUGACACUCAGCUGUGAUCACCGUGUUGUGGAUGGAGCUGUGGGUGCACAGUGGAUAUCCAAAUUCAAACAGUUGCUUGAAAAACCACACACCAUGUUGCUGUAACAUGUGCAAGGCAGUUUACUCUAUGUCUAGUCUGUGGAGAUAAUUAAUGUCAUAUGCCCUGCCAUAAUACAUGUUGUCAGGAAUUUGUAAGCCCAGUUUAUGUUGGAUAGUUUCAAGCAUGCAGUUAAUGACCAAUGUGAUAGGAGGUCAAGAUAAGUCUGCUGGAAUAGUGCACUGGAAAAUGAACAUAGCAAAGCAAUGAAUUUUUUAAAGUUGCUGUAUGAAAUGUUGAUAUUUUUUUUUAUAAAGAACUGUGUUUGAAACACUUGUAAUUAAUGUUUGAAGAUGAAUUGAAACCUGUAAAUUUUGAAAAAUAUUUGAAAUGUAGUUAAUGUUAUUUUUAAGGGACAGUGUGCUUCUGUACUAUACAAGCAGAAAUUUAUCCCUGAAAGUACAAACCCCAAUAAAAAUCCUUUGAUUAAA